AUGAUGUCUGACAACGGAGAACUCGAAGAUAAGCCACCAGCCCCUCCAGUGCGGAUAAGCAGCGCAACAGUCUUCGGUUCUGGGUUGAAGGACCCCUUGUCAAGUAAUCACAGCCUUAAACCCCUUCCACUGAUCCCUGAGGAAAGAAAAUCUUCAAGAAAUAAAAUGUUAUCCAUCUUCUCUAGCAAUGAAAAAAUGGGCAAAAAGAAAGAGCGUCCUGAGAUCUCUCCGCCCUCUGACUUUGAGCACACCAUACAUGUAGGGUUCGAUGCUGUGACUGGGGAAUUCACUGGAAUGCCAGAACAGUGGGCACGACUGUUGCAAACAUCAAAUAUCACAAAGCUAGAACAGAAGAAGAACCCGCAGGCUGUGCUGGAUGUGCUUAAAUUUUACGACUCAAAGGACACUGCGAAGCAGAAAUACCUGAGUUUUUCAGCACCAGAUAAAGAUGGCCUUCCCUCUGGGGUAUCGCCUGCUCCAAAUGCAAAAGGGACUGAACCCACAAGACAUUCAGAUACAGAAGAUGAUGAUGCUCCACCUCCAAUUAUUGCUCCUCGUCCUGAACAUACAAAAUCUAUAUACACCCGAUCUGUAAUCGACCCAAUACCUCCCCCUGCUGGUGAUGCAGACAGUACGGCAAAGGGUGCAGACAGGCAAAAAAAGAAGACAAAGAUGAGUGAUGAAGAGAUCAUGGAAAAACUCCGAACUAUUGUGAGCAUAGGCGAUCCUAAGAAGAAGUAUACCAGAUAUGAAAAGAUUGGGCAAGGUGCCUCGGGGACUGUCUUUACUGCUAUUGAUGUAGCCACCGGGCAGGAGGUUGCAAUCAAACAGAUUAAUCUGCAGAAACAGCCUAAGAAAGAGCUCAUCAUAAAUGAGAUUCUUGUUAUGAAAGAGCUGAAGAACCCAAAUAUUGUAAACUUCCUGGACAGUUUUCUAGUUGGAGAUGAGCUGUUUGUUGUUAUGGAAUAUCUGGCUGGUGGUUCUCUCACAGAUGUGGUCACAGAGACCUGCAUGGAUGAAGCACAAAUAGCUGCUGUAUGUAGAGAGUGUUUGCAAGCGCUGGAGUUCUUACAUGCCAACCAGGUCAUUCACAGGGAUAUCAAGAGUGAUAAUGUUCUUUUGGGAAUGGAUGGCUCUGUCAAGCUGACUGACUUUGGCUUCUGUGCUCAGAUUACCCCAGAGCAAACCAAACGUAGCACUAUGGUUGGAACUCCAUAUUGGAUGGCCCCAGAAGUGGUGACCAGGAAAGCAUAUGGACCCAAAGUUGAUAUCUGGUCCCUUGGUAUCAUGGCUAUUGAAAUGGUGGAAGGAGAACCACCUUACCUCAAUGAGAACCCGCUAAGAGCUCUGUAUUUGAUUGCCACCAAUGGCACCCCAGAGCUGCAGAAUCCUGAAAAGCUGUCUCCAAUCUUCCGAGACUUUCUGAACCGCUCUUUGGAGAUGGAUGUGGAGAAGAGAGGUUCAGCUAGAGAGCUCCUACAGCAUCCAUUCUUGAAACUUGCCAAGCCACUGUCCAGCCUCACACCUCUAAUCCUGGCUGCAAAAGAUGCCAUGAAAGGCAAUCGCUAA